AUGACUGCCUAUCUCAGACGGCUCUACAAACAAUUCCACCCCCCUCCGGAUCCAGCAGAUGCCUCCUUUGAAGGCAAGACCGUUCUGGUGACGGGUGCCACCUCGGGAUUAGGGUUCGAGGCUGCUUUGAAGUUCUUGAAACAGGGUGCUACCACAGUUAUCAUCGGUAGUCGCAGUCUCGAACGAGGCCAACAGGCAAAGGAAGAUCUGGAGCGGCGCGCAAACCGUACCGGGGUGGUGCAGGUAUGGCAUUUGGAUCAAGCUCGCUUUCAAAGUGUUCGGGAGUUUGCAGAGCGGGUAAACAACGAGAUCCCCCGGCUCGAUAUCGCCCUGCUUAACAUCGGUCUUCUCCAUCGAGAGUACGUGGUGUCGCCCGACGGCUGGGAGGAGACACUCCAGGUGAACGUACUCUCGACAGCGCUACUUGCGCUCUUACUGCUUCCGAAACUCAGGGAGAGCUCGUCGGGUUCUUUCCCUGCGCAUCUGACUAUUGUUUCGAGCGGAGCACUUGCCCGUGUUCGAGAGAAGGAGCUCCCAGCUGACGGUGGACUUCUGAAGAAUUUAAAUUCAGAAGGGCGGAAUAACCGAGCUCGUUACGGGCCUUCAAAACUCUUGGUCGAAUAUGUCGCCAGGAAUAUCGCAGAACUCACGCGGAAUCCGGAUGGCAGCCUGCAGGUGAUCGUCAACACCGCGAUCCCCGGUUUCUGUGUCUCAUCACUGGGUCGGGAGUAUAACCGUUUCUUCGAACGAUUGAUCAUAGGACUGUUCACCGCGCUGCUGGCCCGGACUGCCGAACAAGGAAGCCGGGCCCUGGUCAGUGCUGUUUUGCAAGGAGCAGAGUCUCACGGGAAAAGCUGGGAAGGCGGUGGAUAUUUCGAUGAAUCCAAUUCGCUGCUCGUUGGGCCCACUGGGAAACGAUUGCAGAGCACGGUCUGGGCAGAAAUAAUUGAUGUGCUCAAGGCACAGGCCCCAGAAAUAGGGGACCUGGUCAAAUCCUAA